AUGGUUGUUCCAGACCCAGGUGUAGAUUUCUUCGUCAGCUUCAAUGACCUCAACCCAAAUGCGCAGAAACAAUGCAUAUAUUUCGUGAAGGCCGACCGUUCAGACCGACGGUGCAGGUGGGACUGCUCCGAAUCCGAUAACAGACGAGCGAUUGAACUGCAUCCUAUCAUCGCUCAGAACGAGUCGGAAGAUAAGCUUGUAGAUCAUAUCAGAGACUACAUUCAGUCCAAUUGCUGCUCCAGAGCAAAACAUCGAGAUGUCAUCUUGUCCAGUCCACUUUUGAUUCCUUUAGUGGAGCGCUGGCUGGACGAGAUCCAGGUUAAGAAGGACUUGGGAAGGACUUCAAGGCCAUCGGCUGAUUCUUCUGCGCCUACAACGCCCAAACGAACUUCACGAUCCAGCAGUUCAGUCCCCAGUUCAUGCAACACAUCUCCCUCCUCGGCUACUAGUCGCGCCACCACGGUUGAGACACCCUUGUCCAGUCCAUCGCACACUCCUUUUGCUAGAUCGGAAUGGCCGAUUAUCAGCCCAAACUCAUCGCGAUUAGAAGCAAGUUCAGCACCUCUUCUAUGUGUCUCCCCAAUGAUCAUACCAGACAAUGCGCCAUUUGAGGCAGAGCCUCUAGGAACGAACAACCGGUACUACUUCCGUUCCCGCGCAGUGAGCGAUUCCCUUACACAAUUGUCUAAACGAGUCGAACUCUCCAUAUCGGCAGAAUUCACCCCUCAUAUCCACGAUCCUACGCCUGAAGAUACUGUCGCAUGGAAGAUCUGUGAAGAUUUGAACGUGCGAAAUCCCAAGCGGGACCUCGAAACAGGAAUGGUCUACAUGUACAGCCGCAGAUCGUCACCUGGUUAUGUCAAGAUUGGUUGGACGGCCAGAUCGGUCGACGAACGUCUCGCACAAUGGUCGGAAUGCGGGUAUACUCCUAUCGAAUUGUUCAGAGCGACUGGAGUUCCGUACGCGCAACGUGUGGAGACGCUUACGCAUUACGAGCUGAUCAAAGAGUGGCGUCGAGAGCAGCCCUGCAAAGGGUGCUUGAAGAACAAAGGUAAAAGCGUACGUCAUCAGGAAUGGUUUGAAGUAAACCAAAAUCGGGCGAUACAGAUCUUGAGCACCUGGGUGGAGCUUUUCAAGAAGGCCAAUCCCUACGAGCUAAGUGGAUCGCUGAAGUCUGACUGGAGGGAAGUUGUCAAUGGAAUGAAAAAGAACAACGAAACUGUGACUUCAAAGAAAUUGUUGGAGCACUAUGAAGCCACCGUCGCAAAAGCAUCCGUACGCAUCAAGGAAACAGUAAAAGCAGAGGGAGUGAUGUUUGUAAAGGAAAGAUCAGAUGCGAAGCAACGCGCAGAUGCAAAUGAAGAAAUGGUUAAGAAUGAAAGGAUGGUCAUCGAGAAAGAGAUAGUUGUCAAGGAGGAGGAGAUAACAGCCGAGCUUUCGACGCAGUAA